CCUCCGAACUCCCGUCCUGUACCACAGAGGUUGGUAAAAAUGGCUGAAAUAGAUUUCGGGGAUAGUGAGCUUUUUCAGCAGCUUGAUGACUCCGCACCGCGUCUGUCAAAACACCUUCACUUCACAGAUGAUGAAGAAGACCAGGAGGAGACGAGCCAGCUUAGGAGCAGACUGGAGGAGUGUGAUGACUACAUUCAGAGACUCACGGAGGAGAAUAAAGGUUUGAGAAGAAAACAGAACAUCUUGACGCGACCAAGCACCAUCGCAAUUGAAGAUGUCAAUUUUGACGGGCCACUUCUUCAAAUCCUUUAUACAAACAAUGCUAUUUCAAAGCAGUGUCGUCAAGAAAUUGAAGACUGCAUCUGCAGUGUGAUUUUGAAACACCAGAAACCGAGCAGUGAAAAGAAAAAAUCCACUUUUCACAUUAAGCCUCAGUGUUCAGCUUUUGCUUUGGAUGAAGAUCCACAAAAGUCAUCUUCUAGUACUGUAAGAACAACAUCAGAAGCCUUUAAAGUGGUUGGAAGCGUUUUAUAUUUCACUACUUUCAGUCUGGAUAAACUUGGGCAGCCUCUGGUGAAUGAAAACCCCCAGAUGACAGAAGGAUGGGAAGUUCCAGCCUAUAACCAGGUUUUCAACCAAGUCAUUGGCACAGAUGGACAGGAAAUAGAAAUGAAAGACAAAAGACCCAAAUCUAUGUGUUUCAACUGCGGUUCGGGUGGUCAUCAGCUGAGAGACUGUCCCAAGCCUAAAGACAUGGCUGCAAUUAAUGAGAGAAGAAAGGAGUUUAAUCAGAACAGCAACCAGGCCGUGCAGAGUAACCAGCGAUACCAUGCUGAAGAAGUGGAGGAGCGGUUUGCUAAAUACAAGCCUGGGGUCAUGAGUGAGGAACUGUUGACAGCCCUGGGAGUUGAUGCCAACACCCUCCCUCCUCUUAUUUAUCGCAUGAGGCAGCUAGGCUACCCGCCAGGUUGGCUCAAAGAGGCAGAGAUGGAAAACUCUGGGUUAACGCUGUAUGAUGGAAGUGUGUCCAAUGAUGACAAUGUAAUACACAAUACCAGUUCGCAAAACAUCUCUUAUGAUGUUUCCAAACUGAUCGAUUUCCCAGGCUUCAAUGUUCCUGCACCAAACAAAAUGAAAGAUGAGUUCUUGCAUUAUGGUUCAAUUCCAAUGCAGCGCAUUCACAUGAAGCAAAACUUUGCAGCCUACCUGUCCAGCAACUUCCCCAUGUCUGGUGCGACCUCUAGCAAGAGACGGCAUGAAUCUGACUCAUCCCCACAGCUACGGAAGAAGACGAGGACCAGUCCUGGUGGAAGCUCGGAUAUGGAUAUUGAAUCCGACCCAGGAACGCCUUAUGCUCAUGACUUUCAGUUCCAGCCUCCACUACCCCCCGGCUCGCCUUGCUUCAGUUCACCUCCUCCUUUACCCCGGGGCACUCCUCCUGCUACACCCACUCCCCCUCCUCUCCCUAAAGGUACACCUCCUCUCACACCCACCAAUGGCUCCCCAGCUCUACGAGGGCGUGACUGGGUAGUAGUUGAUGAGACUGUGGAGGGAGCAGAGGAUGACCUAACAUUGGAAGAACUCGAGGAGCAGCAGAGACUCAUUUGGGCAGCUUUAGAAAAUGCUGACACGGCCACCAAUAGUGACUGUGAGACACCUGCAAUGGGAACACCUGUCCCUAGCUCACCAAGCGUGUCCACACCUGCGCAUGCAGACACUGAAACAGAAGAGAUUGAAGAAGUGAUGGACACAGCAAAACCCACAGAGACUUGUCAUAGCAGUGAAAAUCUAAAGGAACCGGGGGAUCGAGAGAUUUGCUCUGAGAGCCCUGGGCCUAUUAAAGUUGAGGAUGAUAGUCCUCAGAGCCCUGAACCAGUCAAAACAGAAGACCACAGUCUUCAGAGCCCUGAACCAGUCAAAACAGAAGACAACAGUCUUCAGAGCCCUGAACCAGUCAAAAUAGAAGACCGCAGUCUUCAGAGCCCUGAACCAGUCAGAACAGAAGACAACAGUCCUCAGAGCCCCGAACCAGUCAAAACAGAAGACAACAGUCCUCAGAGCCCUGAUCCAGUCAAAAGAGAAGACAACAGUCCUCAGAGCCCUGGUCCAGUCAAAGCAAAAGAAGACAGCCCGCAGAGCCCUGAUCCAGUUAAAUGUCAGAGAGACCACGUGCAGAGCACUGAUCCAUUCAAAUGCCAUGAAGAUAACCCGCAGAGCCCUGUUCCAGAUUUUGGUGAGGCUGGAGAUUGUCCUUCUCCUGUGAAUGUUGAGAAGGUAACAGUCGUUCCUCAUCGGAGCAACUUUGCAGCAGGCAUUGUUCCAUUUGAAGAUACACCAGAAUUCACUGAAGUUGCUACAGCCACAGGGACAUACCUUAAGAUUAGAGACUUACUUAAAAGUUCCCCUCGAAAUUUGGCAAAGAGAAAAUAAAAGUCUAAGGUUUACCAUCUUGAUUUAGAACAGAUAUGUGGAUAUUUUUUAAGCAAAAACUUUGUACAAAAUUGAAUGUAUAUACAUUUUACAUGUAAACAUACAGUGAGGGAGGGGCAUCAAGAGACACUGCAACAGCAAUUGUACAUUGUUUGUAGCACUAGUGUUAAUGAUGUUUAUUUCAUUGUAAUUUUUUUUUAAAGGUAAUGUCUUGACAUGUAUUAAUUUUAAAAUGGUGUUUACAUAUCUUUUUUUUUAAUUUUUGACCUACUUGAAAUGCUCCAAAAUGUUGAAGUAAACAUGCUUGUAUUUGCU